GGAGUCAAAUAAUUACUCCUACAUGAUUAUAAGAGUUUCAAUAUUGUGUAAUAAUACCCUUUUUUCAUUUCAUUAUGCUAAUAUUUUGAGGAUUUUAUAGAGUUUCUUGAUUAAGAAAAGUACAUUCCGAAAUUUCUAAGUCCCAUUUGAUAGAAUAGUUCAGAAAAAGAAAAUAAAUGAAGGGGAAAAAAAUCCGAGGUUAGUGAAUGGAAAGCAUUACUAACAACGUUUGUUUUGACACGCACUUGAUUGCAUCACCAAUUGAUGUCUACAUGCACAGCUUCUCUUCUCUGUCUACAAAUAAGGAAAAGCGUUUUCACUCAAUACCACUACUGCUCCAAUAAUAUCAUAUUCUAUCCAAAAACCAAUUCUUGUUUGACAGAAAAACACACAGAAACAUGAAGCCAAAUAGAUUAUGGUCUUACUCAAUGGUUCUUUUGGGAGCAACGUUGUUGUUAAUGCUGGCUACAACAGAGUCCAAAAAAUGUGCAUUUAAGGCAAUAUUUAACUUUGGAGAUUCAAAUACUGAUACUGGUGGAUUUUGGGCUGUUUUCCCAGCUCAGAGCCCUCCCCAUGGAAUGACUUAUUUCAAGAAACCUGUUGGAAGGGCAACUGAUGGCAGAGUUAUCGUUGAUUUUCUAGCUCAAGCAAUUGGCUUGCCAUUUUUGAGUCCAUAUCUGCAAUCAAUUGGAUCUGAUUACAGACAUGGUGCUAAUUUCGCAACAUUAGCAUCCACAGUUCGCUUGCCACAAACUUCCUUAUUUGUAACUGGGGUUAGCCCUUUUUCUCUUGAUAUUCAGCUUCGACAGAUGAAAGAAUUUAAAGCUAAAGUCGAUGAACUUCCCCAUAAAGGGAAAACUAGUCUGCCUUCCCCAGAUAUAUUUGGAAAGUCACUCUAUACAUUCUACAUAGGCCAAAAUGACUUUACUGGAAAUUUGGCAAGAUUAGGAAUAAGUGGAGUAAAAGAAUUUCUACCUCAAGUGGUUUCCCAAAUUGCUAGCACAAUCAAGGAGAUAUAUGCAUUGGGUGGGAGAACAUUUUGGGUGCUAAAUUUAGCACCAAUUGGAUGUUACCCUGCAUUUCUGGUGGAACUGCCUCAUAACACUUCUGAUAUAGACCAGUUUGGUUGUUUAAUAUCAUACAAUGAUGCAGUGGUGGAUUAUAACAAUAUGCUAAAAACAACAUUGGCAAAAACCAGAAAGGAACUUGCUGAUGCAAAUGUGGUAUAUGUGGACACUCAUGCUGUGCUCUUGGAGCUAUUUCAACACCCCACUUCUCAUGGGCUAAGAUAUGGAACCAAAGCAUGUUGUGGAUAUGGAGGUGGUGCAUACAAUUUUAAUCAUCAAUUGUACUGUGGAAAUAGCAAACACGUAAAUGGAAAAACAGUAACAGCCAAAGCCUGUAAGGAUCCACAAAAUUAUGUAAGCUGGGAUGGAAUACAUGUUACUGAUGCAGCAAACAAACUCACUACAUAUGCCAUUCUUAAUGGUUCUUAUUUUGAUCCUCCUUAUCCACUUCAUCACUAUUGUAAUAUCCAGCCUAUAGGUUGAAUACUGUUUUGUUUCUGUGUUUAGCAAUAAUAAUAAACCACAACUUAUGUCUCAUUACUAGACAAAGGAAUGAAAAGUUUCUGGAAUAUAUGCUUUCAUUA